GAGGAGGAGGAGGAAGGAGAAAAAGAAAGGGGGAGGGGAGAGAGGUGCUUUGAUGACUAAGGGGGUGCGUGGAGGGACUCCGCAGGAGAGGCAGGAAAUUGUAGGGGGUGAAGGAGACCCCCCCAUUCCUCUCCCUCCUUUGACUAGCACCAAAGGGGGUAUUUAUGCUGCUGGUUCUCUCGUAAUCAGUUCCUUCCGGAUGAUAAGACGCAAACUCUCUUAGCAACUAUUUCCCCCCAUCCCAUCACAACCAGUGUCUCAUAGGGUCAAAGGGUACGUGGACCUCCCUGCAACUUUUUCCUAGGGAGACAGACAUCCAUCUUGGAACACUGAAAGCACCAAUAUCUCUCUCCCUUUCACCACCCUCCUUUUCUCCCCCGAGCUUUUGACCCUCCGAAAUUAUUACUGUGGGAUCCGGGAGGGAUGGAAAUGGAGGAGCAGGACUCAGCAGGCCUUAUGGCAGCAGCAAGAUUGCGAAGACCAGAAAAAGCCCCCCGGGUCGUCCAGGCCGCCAGUUCCGGGGACUGCCUGCGACAGGCGAUGGCGCAACAGAAGGUGAAGCAGGAACCAGGGGAAGGGCUGCUGCUUCAGCACUGGGAGGCCCAGUGGCAGGAGUUCCUGAAGACGGUGGAGUUGCCUCACCCAGGACGGGAGACCCUGCGGAAGCAAGAAGAGGCGGCCCCGUGGGAGGACGCCAAGGGCUUCCUGGCCUCCUUUGAGCAAGUGGCUGAGGCCUGCCGUUGGCCCAAGGAAGAGUGGGCGUCCCGGCUCCGGCCAGCUCUCAGUGGAGGGGCCGAGCAGGCCUUUAGGCAGCUGGAGGCCGGUGACCAAGAGGAUUAUGGGAAAGUGAAGGCCGCCAUCUUGUGGGGGGACGCUGCAGCCCGGGAGAAGCGGCGGCAGCAUUUCAGGCGCUUCUGCUACCAGGAGGCCGAGGGGCCGAGAGGGGCCUACUGCCGCCUCCAGGAACUUUGCCGCGGCUGGCUAAAAGUUGACCGGCACUCCAAGGAGCAGAUCUUGGAGCUGUUGAUCCUGGAGCAGUUCCUCACCAUCCUCCCGCCGGAGAUCCAGAGCUGGCUGAGGGAGGUCGGCCCUGAGACUUGCUCCCAGGCGGUGGCCCUGGCUGAGGGAUAUUUGCAGACCCAGGGAGAAGCUGAUGGGCAGGAGCAACAGGUGGGAUUUGAGGGGGCAGGUGCGGAUGUCUCUGAGGAAGGCCAGGCGUUAUCUGAUGCGGAACAGAGGCACCUGUCUGUGGAGGCCAAGCAGGAGGAUGCGACAGAGGCCAGACUAGCAGGUAAAAGGUGGAUGGGCAUAUUUGAAGGGGAGAAAUAUACGCCAGAAGAUUGUGAGCAAGUGGGACCAUACGGAUUGUCUGGAGGGAGAGCAGAAGAAAAUUUUUCCUCAUGUAGCGAACAGGAAAAUGCCCCUGAGACUCAUGACUGGCAAAAUGAAACCCACACAGCAGAACAAGUGCAUGAAUCUGGUUCCUGUGGGAGUGAUUACAAGGACUUCAGUGAAACCACAGACCAGCAAGCAGUCCACACUGGUAAGAGGCAAAAUACAUACAGUGUUUGUGGGAAAAGCUGUAGUCCAGGCCUCCUUAUUAGCCAAAGAGCCCACACAGGAGGAAAAUCGCAGAACAAAUGCUUGAUUUGCGGGAAAUCCUUCCUUUAUAGCUCAGACCUCAUCAUUCAUCAUGGAAUCCACACUGGUGAGAGACCAUAUGAAUGUCCUGAUUGCGGCAAAAGAUUCAGUCGAGGCUCCGAUCGCAAUCGUCAUCAGAGAAUCCACACCCAAGAAAAGCUAUACAAAUGCCUGGUCUGUGGGAAAUGCUUCCUUUAUAGCUCAGACCUCAUCAUUCAUCAGAGAAUCCACACUGGAGAGAGACCCUAUGAGUGCCUGGAUUGUGGGAAAAGAUUCAGUUGCAGUUCAGAUCGUAAUCGUCAUCAGAGAAUCCACACCGGGGAGAAACCAUAUUUAUGCUUGGACUGUGGGAAAAGGUUCAGUCAAAAGGUCCACCUUAAUAGGCAUCGUAGAAUUCAUAUGGGAGAGAAAUCAUAUCAGUGUCCAGAAUAUGGGGAAAGUUUCAGUGUGAGCUGAAAAUACCAAUGGUGUUCUAACAGUGCUAUGUUAAAUUGUAUUAGGUACAUUCUAGUUUGAUUAUAUUGUUGGCCAAGAUACUUACGACUUAACACGUUUCGUGUCCCCACUUCUGCGCUCUCCUUCUCCAUCACCUUUUUCCAUUUAAUUAGCUUCAUUUUGUGCUUUCAAGUUCCAUAUCCCAGAAUGAGUUGUGUUUGGGAUUCUGUUGCUUCUCCAACAGGUCAAGGGGUGCUUGAUUGUAGAUGAGGGGAAGCAAGAUGUUCCAGAAGACUCAGAACCAGUGGGAUCCUGUUAGAUGGCAAAUGGAAGACUAAGUUUUCCACUGUUAUGCACAGAAACAUGCUUUGGAGGGUGAGGAGAAUGAAUGGAAGUAGGAAGCUCACCCUACAGAGACAGUGGGUGAAACUCUUCAUUGUGGAAGUGGUUACAACAUACCUUUGGAAAAAUAUAGGGCAACAAAGAAUUUACACUGGUAAGAGGCGAAACACCACCCAUGCUUUAGGAAAAAUCUUCACUCCCAAGUUUAGACCUUCUAAAAAUUAGAGAAUUCUCAUACAAGGAAUACCACAGGAGAGCCUGUUCUGCAUUUAUUCAUCAGAGAACUCAUGCCAAAGAGAGAACAUAUAAAUGCCUGGAGUGGGGGAGGACAUUUCAGUAAAAAAUUUAACCUCCAUAAGCAUCAAAGAAUCCAACGCAGGUGAGAAAUCAUACAAAUGUCUGGAAUUCAGGAAUGCAUUCUGAUACCGUUGGCAGCUUCAGGUUCAUCACAGAAUCCAUACAGGAUAGAAGCCUUAUAAGUGCUCCUAUGGAGGGAAAGGAUUAGAGAAUUCACACUGGGGAGAAAUGAUGUAAAAGCGUGGAGUACAGGAAAGAGUUUUGUCAAGAGAUUUACUUUAACAGGCAUCGUAGAACACAUAGAUGUAAGAAGCAUGUCAAUUCUCAAACGGAGGGGGAAGCUGCAACGUGAUGUGAAACCUCUCUACACGUUCUGGAUACCCUUGGGCAGGAGAAAAAUGUAUCAACAAAUGAACCAGGCCACAGUCCGGACUGUUGUUUUAAGAGGGAAAAAACAGGUCUGGAAGGGGUUUCUACCCACUGUGUUCCCACUGAGUUCCCAGAACCAAGGUGGCUUUCUCUGAAAUGCUACCGGUUCCACACGCAGGACCAGCCAGACAGGCCCAGCUUCGCAGUCUCAAUGCGUGGAUGAGACGAUGGUGUCGGGUGGAAGGGUUUGGAUUUGUUAGGCACUGGGGAACAUUUUGGGACAAGCCGGGCCUGUACAAAAGGGACGGGCUCCACUUGAACCAGAAUGGAACCAGACUGCUGGCACUUAAAAUUAAAAAGGUAGCAGAGCAGCUUUUAAACUGACUGAGGGGGGAAACCCGACAGGAGCUGAGAAAGGUCCGGUUUGGAAUAAACCUCCCCCUGGGAUAAAAACCAAAGAAAUGAUGAAAUUUUAAAAGGGGUAGGCCUAGAAGUAGGCAUUGUGAGAGCAGGGGCACAGCAUAUAAAUU